CUCCAGCAUCAGGUGCAUACAGCCAGCUUCACUCAGGUAUGUUGGGGCAAAAGUGCAGUCCACGCGCUGAACGCUCGUUCAUUGGCCCUUAAAGCGAAGAAUGUCUUCUCUGAAGUUCUGUGCGAACAUCUCCUGGUUAUUCACGGAGCUUCCAGAGUUCAGUCAGAGAUUAUAUGCUGCUGCCUCGGCCGGCUUCCAGGCUGUAGAGGCGGCCUGGCUGUACGACUGUGACCUCCAGGACCUCCAGAGGGCCAGGGAGGCCACAGGUGUGGAGGUGAUCCUCAUCAACACCCCGCCAGGAGAUGUUAAGUCAGGGGAUCUUGGUCUUGGAGCAGUGCCUGGAAGAGAGGAGGAAUUCAGACAGAGUCUUGAUCUGGCUUUAAAGUUUGCAAGAGCUCUGGAAUGCAAAAGGAUCCACCUGAUGGCUGGGAGGAUUCCUGUGGGCUUGAACAGAGCAGAGGUUGCCAAGGAGAUGGAAGCCAUCUUUGUACAGAACCUAACUUACGCUGCUGAUAUUCUUUCAAAGGAAGGAAUCACCGGUAUGAUCGAACCAAUCAACACAAGAAUCACUGAUCCGAGGUAUUUUCUGGACUCUCCUCAUCAGGCUGCUGCCAUACUGGAGAAGGUUGGAAAGCCAAAUAUCAAGCUACAAAUGGACCUCUUUCACUGGCAAAUAAUGGAUGGAAACCUCACACAAAACAUUUCAAAGUAUUUCCCCAUCAUUGGUCAUGUUCAGAUUGCGCAGGUUCCAGGUAGAAACGAGCCGGACAGUGCUGGAGAACUCAACUACAGGUACCUGCUCAAGACUCUAGAGAACCACAAAUACCAGGGAUAUAUCGGCUGUGAAUACAAGCCACUGGGAUCAACAAAUGAGGGACUCGGCUGGAUGCAAGAUUACUGCAAACCCAGCAAGUGAUGACCAUGUGUUCAGCAGGCGGUGCAGUCAAUUUGGACCUUUGAAGUUCCCUGUAUUUUUAAUUGAUCCAUCUUUUCUUUUGCAAAUUUUAUAUUUACAAAGUGACAGCAUUUCAAUUUAUUCAUAGCAAUUCAUAUUCAAUGAAUAGCCUUUCAGCAUAGUUUGCCAUGUGGACAAUCCUAACACAUGAGAAGAAUCCUGGUGCAGGCCUAAAUCAGGACUGAUGAUUAAAUGCACUUUUAAUGCAACUAUGCAAACGUAUUCAGAAGUGAACCCAUGAAAGGUUUCAUUAGAUAACAUUAAGUUGCAUUUAGUUAUUGUGACAUCUCCUUUUAUAAUAUACUUGUCCCUUGUUUAACAAUGAGUUGUUUCUGGACUGGGAUUUUUUUUUAAUUGUGGAUGAAGUCAAAUAUGAACAUAGCCAGAUGAAAUCAUUCCAUUGUUUGUCAUUCUCCUGACAGUCUUGAAUUUGAAGGUUCAGUUCCUUUAUCUUGGAAGCAGUAUUACAUUUCAAAGACACUGCUUUUAUUUUGAAAAUAAAAACCUCAAAGCUUGGAA